AUGAGCGCCACUGCUAGAGCUGGCGAUCUCGCGGUAGCUGGAACUGCACCCGGAGACGAAGGCUCAUUUGUCGGUGGAUGCUGGAAAUUCAUUCUCUGCCUCCCGUGCUACGGUUGCCUCCUCGCUAGCUUACAGCGGAGAUUCCGCCGCAUGUACCAUAUCGACGGCACGAUCUACAUUGACUACAGCGAAGGGUGCUGCUGUCCGGGCCUCGUGGUCACACGCAUGGAGAUUGAGGCUAGUCGACGCCGGGACCCGCGAAGCAGCCAGACGACACACUGGCAAGACCACGAGCACGAAUACAACGAGUUCGACACGAACAGUAACACACGCCAGAAUCUUCAAGGCUACAAGAGUCACUCGGCCAUGAGCCUGCCCAGGGGGAUCAUCGAUGCUAGUUUGUCGGAAAAGAGUCCCCUAUCUGCCGUUGCCAAAGGGCGCUCUGGUUCAGGGAGUCACCAGACGCCGACCAGCACCACAACUGAACAAGAGCACGGAAUCGGGGAGUGGAAAAUACCUGUUCGGCCUGCCUUGCCUACAAUCCCGGAGAUGAGUCGCGAGUCGUCCACUGUUACACUGGCCCUGCCAGGGCCCUCACUCGACAUCGCUGCUGCACACACAGUCAACUCCUCGAAAGGAGCCCCAGGCAGCUCAGAGAAACACGACGUGGAGAGGCCGCAAGAUAAGUCGCAGGCUAAACCGUCGGAGAAGGACGACCCCGAAGCGAAGCGUUACGAUGAAAGUCCAGUGAAACCUGGCGUGGAGCAGUCUCAGGCGAAGAACUUGGACAAGGACGACAGCGAGUCGAUGACCGAGAGUAUCAGGCAGCCAAAGCCUCUCCUGUGCAUGGGUCAGAAGUACAGCGGCCUGGCGCUCAAAGCAUGGCCCGUAUUUUCGGUGGACACGAACCAGCAAUACGCCGGUGGACACGCCCAGGAACAUUCAGGCUUGUCACUCGACGGAACCUCCAAGGUUGGCGGCAAAGGGACUCUGAGAGAGCGCCUACUUGAGCAUGCCAAGCCCGGAUCGAUCAGAUCAUGUCUAGUGGACGGCGGCGGCGGCGGCGGCGCAGAUGACACAAUGACCACAGACAGCUGCGACGAGGUUAGCUCUGCGUUGACGAUACCGUCGAGCCCAGACUGGGGCAGCGCUAUUGACGUUCAAGUAGGCCAUGAAGCCAACAGGCAUGCAGAGGCAGAUGCAGACGGAGCUGCUAGUCUUGGGGCAGAAUGGGCGGCAGUGCUAGAGUCACCAUAG